CUCCUCCGCCUCGCCGACCUCGCCUGCCGCACCGCCUCCGGCCCGCCGCCCUCCCGCCCCCGCCCCACCCCACCCCCGCCACGCGCCCUCGCCACGGCGGCGGAGAUGCAGGCCGCUGCAGCUUUCAAUCGGGCAGCCUUCAGCGCCCGCCCGCUCCAUCGCCCCCCGAGGCCUCUCCUCCACAUAGCCGGGGCGGAGGAUGGUCCGGCGGGAAGAAGUGGCGCGCCCCUGACGCGGCUCCCGUGCUCCGGGAGCCUGUCCGUCAGCGCCGGCGGCUACGGCAACGAGCGGGUUCCAGUGUUUCCAAGACAACAAUCAUGGGAUCCCUACAAGCUUCUCGGUGUUGAUCAUGAUGCAUCUGAAGAAGAGGUCCGGAGCGCAAGGAAUUUUCUUUUAAGACAAUACGCUGGGUACGAAGAAAGCGAAGAGGCUAUUGAAGGUGCUUAUGAUAAGAUAAUAAUGAAUAGCUACUCACACCGUAAGCAUUCCAAAAUCAACCUUAAAAGCAAGCUAAAAAAGCAAGUUGAAGAAUCCCCAUCAUGGGUUAAGGCACUGCUUGGAUACUUUGAGGUGCCAUCACUGGAGAUUAUUUCAAGGAGACUUGCUUUUUUUGGUUUCAUUGCUGGAUGGAGCAUUGCAACUUCUGCUGAGUCUGGGCCUGCAUUUCAGCUUGCUCUGUCACUUGUAUCAUGCAUAUACUUCCUCAAUGACAAGAUGAAGAACCUUGUUAGGGCAUCCACCACAGGGCUUGGAGUCUUUGUGGGUGGCUGGAUCUUAGGUUCUUUACUUGUCCCAGCCAUACCAGCUUUCAUCAUCCCACCUACUUGGUCCGUUGAGCUCCUUACUUCGCUGACGGCCUAUGUUUUCAUGUUCUUGGGGUGCACUUACCUCAAGUGAAACUUUGCAACAGUUCUCCAGUUGGAAAUUCCUGCUGUUGUCACAAAGAAAAAUUGCUCUUGCUGAUAUCUCCACUGCAAAUCCAAACUUCCUGAUGAGUGACUGUCUGACUGAGCGUGAGCGACCUUCACAUUUUUGGUUCGAGAGUAUAUUAUGAUCUAUGCACUACUGUACCUUGCCCCAGGAUGGUUCAGACUUCAGAUACAUAGUUUUUUGUUAGAUAUGUACGUUUUUGUUGUCCCCUUUAGUCUUACCCAGGUGUAUUGAUUAGUAUUCUACCCAUAGCUAGUUGAUUAACUUAUGUUAGUACGUUGGUAAAGCAUGCUAUUGUGUUUUUCUACCUGUUUAUUAGUGUCCCAUAAUUGCAAUCAAGCAUUGCUGCAGCAAUAUAAUUUCAGUGGCUUGUUUGUGAUUCC